GAAGAGAGUCAAGAACUGAAUCAAAAGGAAGAUAGAAAUCAGUAUGAGAAAAAAUAUGAUUUCAUGAUUGGAGAAAAAUCUUUAAGUUGCUCACAAACUGAAAAGAAUGGAAAAAGAGCUCAAAUGACUACAGUUAGAUAUAAGUUCACCUUCCAACAGUGUGGGAAGAGUUAUGCUCAUCUUAGAAACCUUAUAGUCCACAUGAAAAUUCACACUGGAGAGAAGCCUUAUACUUGCCAGCAUUGUGAAAGGAGUUUCAUUCAAAAACAAAACCUUGAAGUUCACAUGAGAGUUCACACUGGAGAAUGCCCCUUCACCUGCCAACAGUUGUGGAAAUGUUUCAGUCUAAAUGGAAACCUGAAAGUCCAUAUGAGAGUUCACACUGGAGAAAGCCCAUUCACCUGCAAACAGUGUGGAAAAUGUUUCACUCAAAAAGAAAGCUUAAAAGUCCACAUGAGAAUUUAUACUGGAGAGACGCCUUUCACAUGCCAACAGUGUGGAAAGAGAUUUAAACAUAAAGGAAACCUUAAUGACCACAAGGAAACUCACACCAGAGAGAAGCCAUUUGUUUGUGGCCAGUGUGGAAAGACUUUUAAAUUGACCAGAGCCCUUAUAGAACACACAAGGAUUCACUCAAAAGAGACCUGUUUUAUAUGUCAUCAGUGGAAGUAGUUUCACAGAUAAGAAGCAUUUGAAGAAUCAUGUAAAAAUUCACAUUGGAGAAAAGCCUUUCAUGUGCCAUGAGUGUGGAAAGAACUGCAAAAAUAAAGGAAAC